GCUGAGUAGCUUCCAGACCCAGCUUCUUCUCCGGGAGUCCUGGGAGAACCCACCCCACUGGCCCCCCACACCAGCCCAUUGACAGACUUCUUGGCCCUCCUAGGCUAGCCUGCCCUGUGGGCGUGGCCUGGCCAGCGCGGGAGGGGCUGGCAGGGCCCCUGCGAAUGUGGCCGGCUGCAAAUGAAUUGGUGAUUGAGAUGCUGGUUUUCAUCUAAUGUGGCUGCCGCAUCAUGUCGGUCAGCGUCCACGAGACCCGCAAGUCCCGGGGCAGCACGGGCUCCAUGAACAUCACCCUCUUCCACAAGGCCUCGCACCCCGACUGCGUGCUGGCCCACCUCAACACGCUGCGCCAGCACCGCAUGUUCACCGACGUGACGCUGCGGGCCGGCGACCGCGCCUUCCCCUGCCACCGCGCCGUGCUCGCCGCCUCCAGCCGCUACUUCGAGGCUAUGUUCAGCCACGGCCUGCGGGAAAGCCGGGACAACACGGUGAACUUCCAGGACAACCUGCACCCCGAGGUGCUGGAGCUGCUCCUGGACUUUGCCUACUCGUCGCGCAUCGUCAUCAACGAGGAGAACGCCGAGUCGCUGCUGGAGGCGGGCGACAUGCUGCAGUUCCACGACGUGCGGGACGCGGCUGCCGAGUUCCUGGAGAAGAACCUCUUCCCCUCCAACUGCCUGGGCAUGCUGCUGCUGUCCGACGCCCACCAGUGCCGCCGCCUCUACGACUUCUCCUGGCGCAUGUGCCUGGUGCACUUCGAGACGGUGAGGCAGAGCGAGGACUUCAACAGCCUGUCCAAGGACACGCUGCUCGACCUCAUCUCCAGCGACGAGCUGGAGACGGAGGACGAGCGGGUGGUCUUCGAGGCCAUCCUCCAGUGGGUGAAGCACGACCCCGAGGAGCGCCAGGCCCACCUGCCCGAGCUGCUGCGCAGCGUGCGGCUGGCCCUGCUGCCCUCCGAUUGCCUGAAGGAGGCCGUCUCCGGCGAGGCCCUCCUGAUGGCCGACGAGCGCAGCAGGGUCAUCAUCGACGAAGCCCUGCACUGCAAGAUCCGGAUCCUGCAGAACGACGGGGUGGUCACCAGCCUCUGCGCGCGGCCACGCAAGGCGGGCCACACGCUGCUCAUCCUGGGCGGCCAGACCUUCAUGUGCGACAAGAUCUACCAGGUGGACCACAAGGCCAAGGAGAUCAUCCCCAAGGCCGACCUGCCCAGCCCCCGGAAGGAGUUCAGUGCCUCGGCCAUCGGGUGCAAGGUGUACGUGACGGGGGGCCGGGGCUCCGAGAACGGGGUGUCCAAGGACGUCUGGGUGUACGACACCGUCCACGAGGAGUGGUCUAAGGCAGCGCCCAUGCUCAUCGCCCGUUUCGGUCACGGCUCUGCCGAGCUGGACAACUGCCUGUACGUGGUGGGUGGACACACGUCCCUGGCCGGCGUCUUCCCGGCCUCCCCGUCCGUCUCCCUGAAGCAAGUGGAGAAGUACGACCCCGGCGCCAACAAGUGGACCAUGGUGGCCCCGCUGUGGAGCGGUGUCAGCAACGCCGCCGUGGUGAGCGCCCGGCUGAAGCUCUUCGUCUUCGGAGGGACCAGCAUCCAUCGCGACAUGGUGUCCAAGGUCCAGUGCUACGAUCCGUCCGAGAACCGGUGGAGCAUCAAGGCCGAGUGCCCGCAGCCGUGGCGGUACACAGCUGCCGCCGUCCUGGGCAGCCAGAUCUUCAUCAUGGGUGGCGACACGGAAUUCACAGCCGCCUCCGCCUACCGUUUUGACUGCGAGACCAACCAGUGGACACGAAUUGGGGACAUGACGGCCAAGCGCAUGUCCUGCCACGCGCUGGCCUCGGGCAACAAGCUGUACGUGGUGGGCGGCUACUUUGGGACGCAGAGGUGUAAGACCCUGGACUGCUACGACCCCACCUCGGACACGUGGAACUGCAUCACCACCGUGCCCUACUCGCUCAUCCCCACCGCCUUCGUCAGCACCUGGAAGCACCUGCCUGCGUGACGGGCGCCUGCGGAGUGCGGCCAGACUCCGCCUGUCCCUCCUCACUGCCCCAGUGCGGCCUUGACCCUGCUGUCACCAUGGGAAGCUAAGCCGACAGUCCCAGCGCCGGCAGCCGCCACCUCCAAGGCUCCUCUGAGCUUCAACCAAGAAAAGCGAAGCACCUGCGCCCCGUGUGCCCCGGGUCUUGUCGUCUUGAGUGGGGAGAGGCGCUGCCAGGGGGCACGGCUGCCGCCAGGGCAAAGUCCUAGGCCGGAGCUGGGCGGAGUGGCAGCUUGAUGGGCUGGCACAGCCUCCGACUCCAGGGUUGCCCUGUGGGAGGCUGUGACCCCUCCCCCCAGCUCCCCAGUGUGAUCCUGGGCUUCAGGAAAAUGUCACCAGACUGGACACACGCCACCAAUGAGAAAGCUGAAGGUGCAUUGGUGCUUUAAUAAGGGGCAGAAACCCCACAGGCUAACAGCGGUGCCCGCUGGGGUUUGUUCACAGGCAGUCCUGAACCCAGGCUGGUGGGGAAGGGGGGCUGCUGGCCUGUUCCCCUCCCCUCAAUCCCACCAAGUGGCCCCACGUGUGGGCAGAAACACCUGUGCCCCAUCCAGCUUAAGUUGGGGGUCUCUCAGCAGGGCCCCAGAGAGCGGGGGUGGGGGGAGCCCUGUCACUUCCCCUCCUUACACCAGAGGCAGCCAGAACUGCAGAGGAUACUGUCCGGCUGUCAAGGUCUUCCACCUGCCAACACCAGACCUGGCCUGCUUGGUCCCUGAGCUCAAAAGGGGUCCCAGGAGAACCCAUAGCUGUUUAGCCCGUCACCUCCCAAGUCUUCGGGAUCUCUCAUUGGUGGCUCCCAGGCCACUGAAUGAGCUGCCUGGCUGGGUCAGGGUGGACUCCCAAGUGGGCUCCAGUGUUGCUAGGAAUUUGGGGCCACAGUGUCCCUAUCCAUCCCAGAGGUCCCCCAUGCCUCAGGCCUGGCACUGGUCUCAUGAGCAUCACUUGGGGAGGGGUCUCUGGCUCAAGGAGGUGCUCUGGCAAAGGGCUGAGCAUCUAUCUCCCUCAGGCUCCACCUCAGGAUUAGGGCCCUAGGAAGCUGGGGGUGGGGGUCCAGGGGGGACACCCACCUAUUAGACAUGAAGCACACUUCUCAGCACAAAGGACCUGUGUGGUGCUUUCCACAAAGCUAUGCUGCUUUGUCAGGUUUCUAACUUAAUAAAAACAUGAGAAGAUU